AUGGGGUUCUCCCUGGGAAACACCAGGAAUCUGACACAUCAUUAUUACAGUAAUGUCAAUUCCAAAAAACCCAAAAGUCCAGCAGCGGUCACCGGUGUCCGGAGACAACCGGUAUCGGCCAUAGCAGCAUCACCCCAACCUCGAUCUUCGGUGACAGGCCCUUCGAGGUCACACUCGAUGCCUCAAGAGAAGCUAGAGAUCUUCAAGUCUCUAAAUGGGUGGGCUGAGGAUAAUAUCCUCCCACUACUAAAACCAGUGGAGCAAUGCUGGCAGCCACACGAUUUCUUGCCCGAUUCAUCCUUGUCGAUGGAUGUGUUCGAAGAACAACUACGGGAACUACGCGAUCGAGCGUCGGGAUUACCGGACGAGUACUUGGUGGUGUUGGUGGGUGACAUGAUCACCGAAGAAGCACUACCCACGUACCAGUCCUUCGUUAACCGACUUGACGGGGUUAAUGAUACCACCGGAUGCAGCCCGGAUCCUUGGGCCACCUGGAACCGUGGUUGGACCGCUGAAGAGAACCGGCACGGUGAUCUUCUCAGAACCUACCUUUACCUCUCUGGACGCGUCAAUAUGCCUAUGAUCGAGCGCACCAUUCAGUACCUGAUCGCCGGUGGCAUGGACACAGGAACAGAAAACAAUCCCUAUUUGGGGUAUGUGUACACAUCCUUCCAAGAGCGGGCCACGUUUGUGUCUCAUGGCAACACGGCCCGUCUGGCAAAGAAGCAUGGAGACCCCGUGUUGGCACGAAUCUGCGGUAGCAUCGCAGCUGAUGAGAAGCGGCACGAGAAUGCAUACAUCAAGAUGGUGGAGAAGCUACUCGAGGUGGACCCCAAUGAUGCCAUGUUGGGGAUCGCCGACAUGAUGCGUAAGAAGAUCUCAAUGCCUGCCUACCUCAUGUACGAUGGCCAAGAUCCAAAUCUAUUUGAUAACUUUGCUGCCGUCGCACAGAGGAUCGGUGUCUACACAACCGCUGACUAUGCAGACAUAUUGGAUUUCCUGGUUGGACGAUGGAACCUAGAGAAGCUAGAGGGUCUCAAUAGUGUUGCACAAGAAGCUCAGGAAUUCGUGUGUGGGUUGGCACCCAGGUUCCGAAAGCUGCACGAACGAGCGGAAGGGCGAGCCCGUAAGGUGAAACCCCAGAGCAUUCGUUUCAGUUGGAUCUUCGACAAGGAGGUUACUUUCUAA